GUCCUGCUAUCAGCCAUCAGACAUCCGCCACCUGCCACUUCUUAUCAACAUUGUCAACUUGCAGCAGCUGCGUUUACUCUAUCAAGUUGGAAGGUAACAUUGUUUCAGUUCUUGGCCGGUUUUUGUCGCCUGCGCCAAUCGUCAGCCAUAUACGCAGCAUCAUGACAAGACAAACAAAUAGCCCGGUUGGUGCCGAAGAUGAUGUUGCCAGUGACACAACCCCUGUUGCUGACAACAUGCAUGUUGUUGAUAACACUGAUAAUGUCAAUAGCAACGUUGUCAAUGUCAUUGAUGUUGAGCAGCACACACCCCCUUCUGCAACCACCACCACACAACACAAUCGUCUGCCACUCUCCAAAACUCAAAUGCAGGAGUUCAGAGAGGCUUUUCGCUUAUUCGACAAGGAUGGAGAUGGUAGUAUAACUCAGGAAGAACUGGGAAGAGUGAUGAGAAGUUUGGGCCAAUUUGCUAGGGAGGAAGAAUUGCAGCAAAUGCUUCAGGAAAUCGAUAUAGAUGGUGACGGUUACUUCAGCUUCGAGGAGUUUGUUGAAAUUGUUUCUAAUAUGGGAGCUACAACCGAAAGAACAGCUGACCAAGAAGAGAAAGAGCUGAGGGAUGCAUUCAGAAUCUUUGACAAACACAACCGUGGUUAUAUAACUGCUUCUGAUCUGAGGGCUGUUUUACAAUGCCUUGGAGAGGAUCUAUCAGAAGAAGAAAUUGAGGACAUGAUCAAAGAAGUAGACGUGGAUGGUGAUGGGAGAAUCGACUUUUAUGAAUUUGUCCACGCACUUGGGGAACCGUCAGUAGCUGAUGACGAUGAUUUCGAUGACUUGGACGAUAACUAUGAACGCGAAGAGGCUGUUGCCUAAAUUCAUAACAGAUACAUUCAACAAAACUCUUACUCGAAAGCAGGGUUUAAAACUCUGAUUAUCAUAGCCUCUGAAUUUAAUAUAACAUCUCUCUUCGACAAACCACUUACACUUGAAAAGCAUGGAUGUAAAAAACUCAUACGACUUGAAACAGAGAAUAAUUCACUAUUUGAAAUGUGAAACUUGUAUGUCAAAUUAUUUCGGAUAUCAAGCCAUUAUAAUCCUUUAUCAAAGACUACAUGAUCAGGUACCAAAUGGAAUAUUUUUCUCAACUGCUAAAUCGACCCAUUUCCAUAGUUAUAUAUUAUUCAACGAUAAUUACGCACUAUUGUUAUAUUUACAUUUUCCAGAAAAUAAUGUCCUCUCACCAAAAUGCUUACUAUAAUAAACUGAUAAUUUAUAUUAUAACAUGAUCUAAUCAACUAUAAAAUUCAUUUCCAUUGACAUAUCGUGAUUAUUGUGAUGAAUUUCAGUUGCAUAUAUUAUUAAAUACAUUAAUAUGAAGUGAAAA